AUGUCGUCUACUGACGAGGUCCGUCUUCUCUCUCUCAUCGAUUCCUCCAACGCCGGCGAUGUCUUCUCCUCCUUCUCCGAUUACCUCCGACCUUUCUCUGCUCUAUCAUCAACUUCCCGGAAACAGGAUCGAACAGUCACCGUUCGCUCUCUCGGCAAGCAAUUCCUUCCUUUCCUCAACAAAUCGAUUUCUCUCAUACCGAAACGCCUCUCCGUCGCGAAUUCUGACAAGGAAGCUCGUGAAUCCGCCAGAGAUCUGUUCCGUGCUUAUGAGCUCUGCUUGGAUUGCUUAGAAUCGGUCUCCGCCCAAUUAGCCUGCAAGCCUCAUACCAUCCAGCUUCAGAGGCUACGAAUGAUUUAUUGUCUCGAUGCUUGGGGUUUUUACGAGAAUGUAAAUUCCCAAUCGUUUAAGGUUCUGGAGAAACUACGAGGCUCCGAUAUCAGCUCCCGGAAGUGCCGGUUGUUGCCGGAGGUACAGGACGGAGAGGCGGAGCUGGCAAUGGUCUUAGUAGAAGUUGUGGCGGCUAUCUUUAAGUCUGUGGGAAUGGGUCAGCAAGCAGACGAUAAGCUGUACAGGAAAUCACUUCUUUUGCUGGAGGAGGUCAGGCCCUGGUUCAAGAUCUUAGAUGCCAAGGAGUAUGAGAAGUUGCACAGAGUGCUCGUGACGAAUCUGUGUAAAUGUGUUCUUUCUCUGGUUAGAGAAGCUGAGCGUUUUGAUGGGGGUUUGGUGAUUUCUUUCUGUGAUGCAACUGUGAAGGAGCACUAUAAAUCUGCAUUGUCAAAAGAUCGACUUUAUAAGUUUUCUCGCGAGGUGCUUUCUGCUCUGUUCGGAAUUAAGGAUAGAAGAAUGUCAGUGACUAUUGACAUUUCGAUGUCUGUGUUGCGCAGCUUGACUUGCCAAUUGAAGGUUGAAUCUGAUGAGGAUGUAAUGGAUUUUGUCGACCUAAUCUCUUAUUGCGCUCAUAAGUUUCAAGCACUAGGAGACAUGUACUGCGUAAAAGUUUCAAAAAAGUUAAAUGAGAUGGCAGCUAUUUUCUCUAAGGCGAUACCACAACUCAAUCUGAUUCUUAGACUUUACUCAUCCGGGCUGUCCAUCACGGUUUACGAUUCCAAGCUCGGAGAAAGUAAGGUUAAAGAUGCAGCAGAUGGUUGGAAGAUUCAAGCUUUGCUUGAUGAUGAGGCUAGAUGGCAAAGCUUAGUUUCUUUGCUUGGUAUGGUUGAUAGUUUCUCAGAUGGAAACAAGAAGACUUGUUGGCCAGAAGUUGUGGAUGCCUUGAAUUUCUUGUGCCAACCGCUUGCGGACUUGAUAAAUUCAGUGAAAAGAAAGAUUCUGUUGAAGACAGAAAUUUCCUGCGCUUCUGCUCAUUUGUCUGCUAUUCUUGAUGCCUUUCUCUUCCUUCAUAGAUGCACGUCUGACAAAGGAGGAAGAGAAACUGACAAUAACAAAGCUUUGCAAAACGUGGCUAUGGCUGCUUUCACUGUCUCAUUGAGAACCCAACUUAAAUUGGAGAUCAGUGCCCACCUAGUUGAGGAUGUAAUUUCCAGUUCAUGGAUCCGAUCUCAAGAACUCAAGUAUCUAACUGCGUCGCUAUACAAUAUUGGUGUCGUUUUGUACAAAAAUAAGGAGCUAGAAAAGGCUUGUGAGGCGCUCAAGCUGUGUUCCAAGGCAUCAUGGAGACGCGUUGAACUAAACUGUCAGAUGUUUGUAAAGCAAUCUAGUUCAUCUGAUAAUGACGUAUCAGAAGAUGCCAUUGUGGAUUAUGUGGGUGAAGCAUCUGAACAUCUGAUUAGAAGGUUACCAUGCCCUGCAGCAAUUGUAAAACAGUGGGUCAAGAUAGAACGAGGUUGUCACACGAAUCUGGAUGCGGCUGAUUCCUGUACAACUCUGUACUCAUUGCUCUCAUCUUCUAAAAAAAAGUCGAAGCGAGCUGUCGGAAAAAUCCUACAGCAGGAGCUUCUUGCCUAUGAUGAAUUGUUCCCUUUAAGCUCAAAUCUAGGUCAACGAAUGCGAAUCGAAAUAGCAGAUAUCCUUUUGAAGGAUGUUUAUAUAACAAAGGAUAUGCACAUAGAGAGAGCAAAAAUCUUAAUAUGGAAAGCAAGAAUGACUAGGACAUCUGGAACUGAACAUCUAACUGACUGCAUUCGUUUUCUGUCCGAAGCAAUCUCUAUAUUGACUGAGGUGCAUCCUGGGCCAAAUAAAGAGGGUGCUCCAUCUUCUCACCAGUUACCGAUUGCGUAUUGCUUGAGAGCUUUUUGUAUCCAAGAAGCUGAACCAAACUCAAAGAAAGUUUUUCAGGAUAUUAGCACUUCGCUAAAUCUCUGGCUGAGGAUUUCUAGUCCAGAUGAUAGUGGGGACAGUCUACCAACAGAAAACAUAAUUCCAUUACUUUAUAAUAUAAUCGAUUUGAUGUCACUGAAGGGAUGUACAGAGCUCCAUCACCAGAUAUACCAGCUGAUUUUCAGAUUAUUCAAGUGGAAGAAUGUCAAAUUGGAGGUCUGCCUUGCAAUGCUGUGGGAAUAUAGAAGGCUAAGUCAUGCCUUAUGCCCUUCCCCGAUAAGUGAUGCCUUUAUCCGGAACUUAUCAGAGAAUUGUGGUGAGAAAUCUACGUGCAUUGGUUUCUGGAUAGAUUGCCUGAAAGAUUCAAAAGCAAGGUUACUUGGGUUUCAGCAGAACUUCCAGGAUUUACACAACGAUUUCUUACGUAAAUCCAAUAAGGAUAAAGGUCCCUUUCAAUCAGACAUCACAACAGAUGAUAUUACAAAAGCAGCUUCGGAACUCAUUUCAAGUGCCUCACUCUCUGGUGAUUCAUCUUUUGUAGCUGCAUAUCUCUAUUAUGAUCUCUGUGAAAGGCUCAUAUCGUUUGGAAAACUUUCUGAGGCUCUUUUAUAUGCAAAAGAAGCCCAUAGGAUACGAACUCUUAUAUUUCAAGAGAAAUUUAAGUAUACAGCUGAGAAAGAAUUCGAAAAACACAUUGACGGAGGAAUAAUAUCACAGAUACGGACUUUUAUUAUAAAAAACUUCGAAGUGGUCAAAUCGCCAGCAACUGAUUAUUGGCCUUGUGGAAAUUUUCGUUGGGACAUUAAUCGCUGCUACUUAAGUCCUUGGAAUGUACUCCAAUGUUAUCUGGAAAGCACCCUUCAGUUUGGAAUUGUUAAUGAGCUAAUAGGAAAUGGACUGGAGGCAGAAACCCUUUUAUCAUGGGGGCAAGCCUUUUCAUGUUCGCAAAGUCUAUUCCCUUUUGUAGUUGCAUUUUCUUCUGCCUUAGGAAACUUUUACCUCAAAAAGCAGAGUCUGGAUCUGGCAGAGAAGGAACUCCAAAAUGCGAAAGAGAUAAUAAUUGCUAAUCAGAGAGAAUUUUCUUGUAUAAAGUGCAAACUGAAGUUAGAGGUUACAUUGGAUAAGCAACUUGGAGACAUAUCUCGAAAACAAGUUGAUAGUGCUAGUAGAAUUUCCCAGAAUGGAUUUUUGCCAGCUGACAGUCUGUUUAGUGCUGCCUUGGGAAAAAUCUGUUGCUCAGCAUGGAAAAGCUGCAUAAGAUCUCAUGGAGAAGAAAUUUCUGAGGCAAUUAGGAUAGAUGAUAAUGUAGGGGAAGUAUUAGGAUAUAAGUCAAGCAAAACAAAACCCAGUAUACAUAAGGAGCCAACUGGAUGUAAAGGCUCGAGGAGGGGUCGGAAACCUAAAACUUCCCAAACUUGCGUGUCGAAGGACCAUGAUUUGAUACCUGAGUCAACUUCAAGGUUGACUCGCUCAAUGCGUCAGUCACGGAAAGAGCAACCCCAAAACUGUUCUAAUGUGCAUGAUAUAUCUGAUUGUUCUGGGGGUGAAAGGCUGUUGUUGGACACAAAAAACGCAAUCAAUGGCUUUUGCAUUUGCUACAAAGAAAAAUGUAUGGAGUGCCUCUCUGUGGAAGUAAAGGAAUCUGGGUCUCUCAACAGUUUAGUUAGUUUGAAAUGGGAAAUCUGCCACAGAAGGCUUGCGUCCUCAAUACUUGUGAACCUCGGAAAAUGUUUGGCAGACUCUGGUAGAGUUCAUCUAGCUCAUGAGGCACUACUGCAUAGUAUCUCUGUUUUAUUUAAAAGCAACUGGUCAAGUCACAGCCAACCUUCUGUCAGUCAGUUGAUGGAGUUUAUUGGGAAAGAAGUUACAAGGGAUUUAUUUGCUAUGGAUCGUGCAAUAAUACUGUACAACAUGGGCUGGUUAAGUCUGCGGAAUUACAACUGCAGGGAGAGCAGGUCUAGUUGCUGUGAGUUAUCUCAUAUUCCUUUCACUAAACUGGUGUCGUGGUUGAUAUUAGCAUUUAUACUCAGCAGAGAGUUUCCAAUAGUAUUUCAGAAGGUUUCAAGAUUGCUUGCUUCUUUAUACCUGCUUUCUGCCUCAAGUGCUGAAUUCUCACUGGAAUCUGAUGGAAAUGAGCUGUCGGCUAGUCAUUGGGUCUCAUAUUUCCAUCAAGCCUCGCUUGGCACCCAUAUUAGUUACCAGUUUAUUUCAAAUUUGAGCCGAAGACACAAGUCACAGUGCCUCUCAGAUAAAGAGUGUACAGAGGCUAGUUGUUCGAGUUGCAUGGUUACUGAGGAGUUGGACUUACCCAGGCUUGCUCCUGAGCGGACUCAAGAUCUUGGACAAUUUGCUAAAGAAUUCUUCAACAAUCUUCCAAGCUCAACAAUCAUCUGUAUUAGUUUGCUUGGAGGCGCUUUAAAUCAAUUGUUACAGGAACUAAUGGAAAUUCGAUCACCUGUUUGUGCCUGGGUGCUCGUAUCACGCCUCAACUCGAAAAGUCAACCCGUUGCCACACUCCUGCCGGUAGAUUCAGUUCUAGAAGACAUGUCAGAUGACAGUGGAAAUCUUAGUUCUACGGAAGCGACUCAGGUCGAGAAUUUGGAGAGGCACUGGCUUUGUCCUUGGGGUUCCACCGUCGUUGAUGAUGUAGCUCCAGCAUUUAAAUCAAUAUUGGAGGAAAACCACAGAUCUACUGGAUCAUCUGUAGAAGACACCAAAGAGAGUAGAUGCUUGUGGUGGAAACAGAGAAAGAAACUUGAUCAUCAUCUUGGAAAAUUCCUAAGGAAUCUAGAAGCUUCCUGGCUGGGUCCCUGGAGAUGUCUGUUACUUGGAGACUUGUCAAACUUCAAUUUGCCCAACUCUGUACAGAGAAAACUGGUAAAGGAUCUCAAGUCCAAGUGCAAAAUGGAAGUAAAUGAGAUGCUUUUGAAGGUUAUUCUUGGCGGUGGGAUUGAAAACUUCAAAGGAGAAGCAUGUAUUGCUCAGCUUUCUUUAAGGAAUGGUUGCUAUGUAGGUAGAGGGGGAUAUCUUUAUGAAGAAGAUAGCUGUAAAACUCCCACUGCAGCAUCUAAUGUUUCUGAAAGUAGGCAUGGGUUGGCCUUACAACUGAUACAUGAUGCAGCAAGCAAACUAGAGCAACAUGACGGAGAUGAAGAUAGAGAACCUAUCAUUCUUGUGUUAGAUCCUGAGGUUCAGAUGCUUCCUUGGGAGAAUAUUCCGAUACUAAGGAAACAGGAGGUGUACCGAAUGCCUUCUGUAGGCAGCAUAUCUGCUGUGCUAAAGAAGCGCUCUCUCCAAGGAGAGCCAGCAAGAUCUCAUGUUUCUUCCUUCCCUCUUAUCGAUCCGCUAGAUUCAUUUUACUUGUUGAAUCCCGGUGGUGAUCUCAGCAACACGCAAGUCGAGUUUGAAAGUUGGUUCAGAGAUCAAAACUUUAAGGGCAAAGCUGGAUCAGUACCAAGUAGUGAAGAGCUGACUGAAGCAUUACAAAGUCAUGAUCUGUUUCUAUAUUUCGGUCAUGGAAGUGGAGCACAAUAUCUGUCUAAGAAUGAAAUAGAGAAACUAGAUAACUGUUCUGCAACUUUCCUAAUGGGAUGCAGUAGUGGUUCACUAUGGCUCAAAGGCUGCUACAUCCCACAAGGCGUACCACUCUCUUAUCUCUUAGCUGGAUCUCCAGCCAUUGUGGCGAAUCUAUGGGACGUCACAGACAGAGACAUUGACCGGUUUGGGAAAGCGUUGUUGGAAGCUUGGUUGAGAGAGAGGUCAGAUUCUUCCUCCUCAGAGGGUGGUUGCAGCCAGUGUGAGUCAUUAGCUAAUGAACUUGCAGCGUUGAAUCUAAAAGGCAACAACACCACCACCAAGAGGUCAAGGAAACCGUCAACGCGUAACAAGUCGGCUCAGUCAAAUGAGUGCAAUCACAACAAGCAUAGACGCAAAAUCGGUUCGUUUAUCGCUGCGGCUAGAGAAGUGUGUACUUUGCCAUACUUGAUUGGGGCUGCGCCGGUAUGUUAUGGUGUACCAACUGGUAUCACAAGGAAAAAAGGAAUUGAUGCUCUUCUUCCUUCUUCUUCUUCAUCUUAG